AAUUGAAGUUAUGCCCAAACCCUAUUAAUUAAUGAUAUUUCUCAUUCUUGAAACAAUAUUACACAUUCCCCAUGGUUCCCUUGGUGAACAAUCAAUGAAUCCAAGACCCAAACUCAGAUCACCUCCACCUCCACCUCCACCUCCUUCCAUCACCAAAUCCUUAACCCCAAACAACAAAAUGCCUAGAAAACUAACUCUCAAACCAACUCUCACACUUGCCACUACUCUAUUCACCAUCUUAGCUUUAUACGCUUUCUUAAACACCUUCAUCUUCUCAACUAACCCACCACCAAACAAUGUAACCACCAUCAGCUUAAGCACCAGAACCUCAAAUACCCAAAAUACCCCUGGUGCAAAAUCCGUGAAAAUCUACAUGUAUGAUUUGCCAAGAAAGUUUACAUAUGGGGUUAUUGAGAGCUAUGCAUUGGCAAGGGGUGGGGUAAAACAAAGUGAUGAUUUGUUGCUUAAGUAUCCUGGAAAUCAGCAUUCUGCUGAGUGGUAUUUGUUUUCUGACCUGAACGGGUCGGGUCGUGAUCGGGUCGGGUCGGCUGUGACCCGGGUUAUGGACCCGGAGGAAGCUGAUUUGUUCUAUGUUCCGUUUUUUUCGUCAUUGAGUCUUGUGGCGAAUCCGAUUAGAUCGAAUAGUGUUGUUGGUGCAAAUGGGGAUAGGCCUGUGUAUAGUGAUGAGGAAAUGCAGGAGUCUUUAAUUGAAUGGUUGGAGCAGCAGGGGUAUUGGAAAAGGAACAAUGGCUGGGAUCACGUGUUUAUAUGCCAGGAUCCUAAUGCUUUAUACAAGGUUGUGGAUAGGGUGAAGAACGGGGUGCUGUUAGUUUCUGAUUUUGGAAGGCUGAGUCGUAAUCAGGCAUCUCUCGUUAAGGAUGUCAUCUUGCCCUACUCACAUCGGAUUAAUACAUACACUGGGGAUAUUGGCGUUGAAAAUCGGAAUUCCUUGCUCUUCUUCAUGGGCAAUCGAUACAGAAAGGAGGGGGGAAAGAUUCGUGAUUUGCUUUUUCAAUUACUUGAGAAAGAAGAAGAUGUCAUCAUAAAACAUGGUGCACAAUCUAGGGAGAGCCGUCGUGAGGCAAGAAAAGGGAUGCACACUUCAAAAUUUUGUCUGCAUCCAGCUGGUGAUACUCCAUCAGCUUGCCGCCUUUUUGAUGCUAUUGUGAGCUUGUGUGUCCCUGUAAUCAUCAGUGAUUACAUUGAAUUGCCAUUUGAGGAUGUUAUAGACUACAGGAAAAUUGCAGUUUUUGUAGACACUAACAUAGCUGUGAAGCCGGGGUUCUUGGUUAAAAAGCUCAGGAAAGUAAGCAUGAAGAGGAUUUUGGAAUUCCAACGGGAGCUGAAAAAGGUGAAGCAUUACUUUGAAUAUGAGGACCCAAAUGGUACAGUUAAAGAAAUCUGGCGACAGGUCUCUUUGAAGUUACCGCUUGUUAAGUUAAUGAUCAAUCGUGACAAACGUCUGGUGAAAAGGGAGCUCACUGAACCAGAUUGCUCUUGUCUCUGUUCGAACCAGACAGGGAUCUUGACGACAUUAUGAUCCAGACUAAUGACAUUCUCUUUGUCACCAUCCACUCGGAGCAUUUGUGGAUCAUCUGAGAAUGUCUGCUCAUGCCCUUAAAGUCGUUGAUUCUUGGGGAAGAAGAUGGGUAGAUCAAGAGGCCUGUGCUGUUGUAACUUAUAUCUGGGAUGGGAAUAUGGUUGCUAUCUGCAUUCAUUGAUUAAAACCCCUGCUAGGGUAGAGAAUACAGUUUACGAUUAAAAUAAGGAUGGGUCUAGUACAUUUUGAUAUUUAUAUAGUUUUACUUAUUCAUUUCACACUUCCUGGAUGCAUUUAAUUUGAGAAUUGCAGUGGCUAGAAGCAAUUCUGUAUGUAUUUACAAUGUUGUACAUCAUGAUAUAUAAAAUCACAGCUAUAUGUAGGGUUUUGCUUCAAAA